CUACUUGUUUUCUGAGAGGAGAUUAGUUCUCUCCUAAUAAGCUUUUUUCUUUUUCUUUCUCUUUAUGAUUCCUUCUGAGUAAAAAACAAACUCAUACUCUCAGUCCUACAUGGUUUCCGGUGCUGCUGGCUUGAAAGUCAAUACAGGAAGAGCAGGGAGAGAGAGCACGUUUUGUGUUCUUACAAAACAGUUUGCAGAGAACACUGAAGUCAACCACAUCCUUAAGAAGCAAAGAACAUGGCUGAUGGACAGGAAUGUGUGACAGUCCUUGAGAGUGAAAUCUGGGUAGAGGAAGGUGACCAAGGCGAGACUGAAAGGUUGACAGCACAAUGGAGCGUGGAGGAUGAGGAGGAAGCAGCUAGAGAGCGACGGCGAAGGGAACGGGAGAGGCAACUGAGGUCUCAGGCAGAAGAAGGCCUUAGCAACACCAGCACUUCAGAAAAUGGAGUGGCAGUACAAGAAAGCCGGAUCGAUUGUAAGCCUUCUGGGACGUCAGAACUGGAAGAAGAUGAGGGCUUUAGCGACUGGUCCCAAAAACUUGAGCAGCGCAGGCAGAAAUGGGCAGAGAUGGGAGAGGGAAUGCCAGAAGGAGAACGAACAUCUCAUGGUGAAUGGAAAGAAGCCCAACAGGUGGCACCUGCACACCAGGAAGGAAGGUCACCCAGGCAUUCCUAUGAGGAAGAAGACAGCAAUCUGAGGGAAGCAGGAGACAAACUGGAGCAGGUCCAUCUGGAUCAGGACUCUCCAGUCUUUGUCCGAUUUGCGCCCAAGCCUUCGAACUUCCUCAAGUUUGUUUCAACUUCUGUCUCGCAAGAUCAGUCUGAAGCAGAGCUGGAGGAGCAGCAGAACGUUUGUGGAACAGUGGAUGUUGGCGAGGUGAAUGAGGAUGUUGGCGAGGUGAAUGAAGAUGUUGCUGAGGAGAUCCAUGAUAUUCCAGAAGAGAAUAAGUAUGGUGAAGAGCAAGAAAAGUUGGAGGAAAAGAAAAGAAGAUGGGAUGAGGAAGAUGAGGCACCAGAAAAACGACAAAGAGCUCCAAGCACUUCCAGCAAUGAGGAAGAGUAUCAGCCUCCUUUAAGCCCUACAACAAAGAUCACUGACAGAACUGAAUCUCUGAACCGCUCUGUACAAAAAAGCAACAGUGUGAAGAAGACACACUCACCUCUCCCUGUUUCAAAGAUAGAUGACAAGCUUGAGCAGUACACUCAUGCCAUUGAGUCUUCCAGCAAAACUCCCAAACCAGUGCGCCAGCUUUCUAUUGACAUUCCCUCCAACAGCGCAGCUGUGGCCAGUACAAAAACUCUGUGGGAGACAGGUGAAGUGGCUCUGUCCCCUCUGAAGACAUCUUGUAAGGACAUUGUGCCUGGAGACAUUGUGAAUAAGAGAAGCAUUUGGGAACAGAAGGAGAGCCGAAGGGCAGAUGCAACUCCUAAGGUGAAGCUUCCUGGCAAGAAGUUCAAGUAUGUGGCAAUUGGACAUGGCCAAUACAGAAAGGUAUUGAUAGAAGAUGAUGAAGAAAAAGAGAAGUAGCCUGCUUAGGUACCCAACACCUACAGUUUGGGUUUGAUUCGCAUUUGGAUACAGAAGGCAAUACGUCUGUGUAAUGCUGAUGUUUGCUCUGCUAAGAAGGAAUUCUAUUCCAAGGAUGUCUUCUCUUCCGAGCUCAAAUCGACAACCUGCUUUAAAACCAGCUACUGUUUUUAUUUUUCGCACCUCAAAUGGGUACAUGUCUCCAAGCUGACUUCAUCGGGACUUGGACACAGCAUCAGCUCAACAAACAGCAAUAAUUUUUUUUUGAUUGGCUUUUUGUUCUGUUUUGGGUAAUUGUGUGCUGUUAAUGUGACUUUCUGAUUCUCUGCAUUUAGUUCUAGGCUUGGCUAGAAGAAAUGGGCAAGCCUUUUUCUUUACUAUAUCAUUAACUAAGGGGGAACAAGCCAGUAUUAGUAAAUUCCUUUUCAGUGUUGAGAAAGACAAGGAGACAAAUGUGAAAAUAAAAGUUAAACCAAGGGAUUUUUUUGGGGGAAACCCUAAUAGCCAUAUAGCUCAGGGAUGUGGAACAUUUUGUCUUUUCAGAUGGUUUGGACCAAAUCCCAGAGGCCAAAGUCAGCAUGGUCAAUGGUAAUGAGUUAUGGGAGCUGUCGUCUGAAACAUCUGGAGGGCCAAAGGUUCCCCCAUACCUGCUGUAGCUGAUUUUCACCCUCCUUCUGCCAUGUGAGCCUUCAAAAUGAUGAUGCAUUUUGAUGAUGGGGUGAUGCUUCAUCUUAUGCUUCUGAAGUUCCCCCUAAUUAAGGGGGAAGAUGAUAGAGAACUAAAAAUAGUUUUUUCUCCCUGUAUAAUAUAAAAUUCAUUCCUAGUUUUCUCAUCUGAAUAAAGGCAGUAAUUCAAUAAGUUAUGGUAAGAGUUCUGCCUUAAAACUGAUGCUUUCAUGAAGAUGGACUGGCAGUGGUUCCUAACCUUGGGUCCCUGGAUUUUCUUAGCCUGCAACUUCCUGAAGCCCUUGCCAGCAAGCUAUUGGUGAAAGCUUCUGAGAGUUGCAAUCUGAGAAUGUCUGGGGACCCAGGAUCUGGAACCACUGGACUAUAUGAUGGAUCUUCUCUCAUGCUCAUUCAGUGUAAGUAAUCAGGGCAAGCCUAAGACUCAUUCCAGUAAAUUUUUCUUCAAAGUACCUGUGUGUCCCUAUGAGCUGAUUCUGAUUAUCUUUGGUUUCACAUCUGAUAGCUAGUUCAUGUGCAUAUACCAGAAACUGCCUUGUUCUACUCAGGCCUUAGCAGCUUGUAGUCCAGUCAUUGAGGGCACCUCACCUACCUGCUCAUACAUGAGCCAGCCUUGCAUUCGGGCAUAAACAUCCCUUUUUGUAGACAUAAACUGUUCAGCUAAGCUGUACUUGGCUGAUUGCUUUGGAAGAAUGCUCUGAGGUAAGCAUCUUGACAAUGGAUGCCAUAUUCACUCCUUAGGCCCAAUGUACUUGAAAUAUUCCUGCCCCACUGUAGGCAUGAUGAUAGUUCAAACAAAAGGUACCAAGCUGGUAUAUUUGUCGGGAUGAAGGGCAGUUUCCAAGGACUAGCUAAACUGAGUCAUGAGAAGAAUCAUUUUAAAGAAAUGGUUGCUAGUACUUGCAAGAAGGAGUAGACUCUGAAAGGCCUCCAUGCCUUGAAAUACAACAGCCAAAAUCCUAUUGCCAAUUUAUGCUCGCAUAAAGGAAAUUAUGUAAGCUUUCUUAACAAAUUGUCACUUGUUAACAAGGUAAUGAUUGCAGUCCUGGAUGUGUGCUCGGGUAAGUGCCCAGGAAUGCAACCUGCAUCUCUCACUGAGUAGCAGUUUGCUAUGAAGACUUAAUGUGAUUUCCUUUACGCAAGCAUAAGUCAGCAAUAGGAUUCUGCCCAAAAUGUCUUUUAAUCUGCCAACUAUGAAUAUUAUUGGCCUUAUCCUAGUUUACAAAUGCAAACUGGUCACUGUAUCCUGCUUCUGUUCUCCUGAGACUAGAAACUUGCCUCUCAAGAGCCUAGAAUAUUUUCCAUAUCUUUUGAUGGUCCCCCCCCCUUUACUUUUGACCUGGACCUGUUUUGUAAGCAUUUAAUAAAAGUUCUGAGAAACAA